CGUGUUGACCAAGUCACAGUUGAGUUUUGAACUUGGCAGCGUGCGGUUGUGCCUUUCGCUUUAUUCGAAUACUAUCAACGAAACGAUUAUUUUAAAAGUACUUGCAUAGAGUGUGUAAUUUUAUGUGAAAUAUAAUAAGUAACGGUGUUUAAAAACGCUUUUCGCUUACUGAAAGUAAAAACCUCAAGCAAAAGUAAAAAUCAAAUAAAUCGUUUUUAAAAUUCAGUUGAGUUAACAACAGAAUUACAAUAACAAUAACAAGGAAUAGCGUUGCGGGUGCAGACAGCAAAAAUGGAGUCCGAAGAAAUAACCAAAAUGGUCGAUGGCGUUUAUAAGAACAUAUUAGAGAAAUUCAAUCCCGGUGCACGUCAACUCAUCUCCUCCGGCAAAGGGUAUUUGAAGGCACUGCAUGGUGCUGCAUCUGCGUCACGCCUUUUCAAUGAAGCAUUAGCCAAGCUGGCCAUGAAUGCACAACAAAGUGGAACUAGCGAUAUUGGUGCGGCAUUGAUGAAUGUUGUCAGCGUUUACAAAGAAAUUCAAGAGCAACAAAUGAAUAUUUUGAAGGCUUUCUAUGUUGAUUUAUUGGUGCCAUUGGAGACAAAUUUGGAGAAGGACACAAAAGUUGUGCAACAUGAACAGAAGAAAUUCUUGCAACAGCACAAAGUGCGCAUGGAGAGCUAUCAGAAGGCCGUUUCCACAAUGAAGAAACAGCGCAAGAAAAAGGCUAGUCCUGAGAAUACGGAAAAGGAGUUGAGGAAUCUACAAAUAUUGGAAGAUCAAAAGAAAAAGUUGGACGCAUUUUGCGAACAAAGCUACAAAAAUGCCAUGACACAGGAGCGCCGUCGCUACGGUUUCGUGUUGGAACGUCAAUGUUCCAUCGCCAAGCAUUGGAUGGCCUAUCACAGCACUGGCAAGUUGGUAAUUGAUAACAAUUUGGAAAAUUGGCAAGAAAUUGCCGCUUCACGUGAAGUGAUACCAGCAGCUGCAGUAUACGAAGGGGGCGGUGGCGGUAGCUACAGCACAGCCAGCACUGGCAAAAGGAUGGAGCGUCUCAAAGACGGUGAGGACAUGCAUGCUGCCGGCAAUUCGUCGCAGCUGAAGAAAUCACGCAGCGUUGACGCGCCCUACGGUGAUAUGCGUACUUUGCAUGAGAGCAAUGUCAGUUAUACGCAGAACUCGUUGCCGCGCGCCAAAUCCGAUUUCAAUCUGACAACAACGACGAACUCGAACGAUCAUGUCGAUCACGGUCAGUGGGACCAACGGCCCGUCGUGAAAGCGCUCUACGCAUAUAUGCCUUCGGGUGAGAAUCAGUUGCCGUUCGAGGAGGGCGAUCGCAUUGCAAUGGUCGGCAGCAAGGCUAAAGGUUGGCAAUUCGGUGAGAAUUUACGCACGCAAAUGUUCGGUUGGUUCCCCAUCGCCUACACUAAUGCUGAAGGCGCGGGCGAGCGUGAGAAGUAUCGCUCGAGCGAACGCCAUAGCGAACGCAGCAGCGAUCGUUACGAGAAUGUGCAUUACGAACGUAAUGGUGGUAUGCGCAACUAUCAUGAUCAAUAUAUGUCUGAGACGCAUAUGGAUCCUGCCAUGGAGAGCGAUUCAACAUACCGCCGUCGCAAUAACAGCGCCGAGGAAUCAUCGCCAACACGCAUGUUCGGUGACACUUUCAGAAAUCAAAAGAAGUAUCGCGCAUCAGCCGGCGCCAAUCCACGUCCCGGUCCGCCACCCACACUCCCCGCACCAGUGCCAUCGAAUAGUCAGAGUCAAAGUGCCAGUCGCAUAUUGAAUACAUCGCAGAGCUUCUGUGGCGCCUCCAAUGGCGCGCCAUCUGUGGUGGAGCGACGCAAGCAACACAAAUUGCAAAAUGGACCACAAGCCGCACAUAAUCGUUCCAUUCUCUCUGCCAAACAGCAGUCCACAUCGAUGAGCGCUGGUGGCAGUCAAAUGAAACCCGCCGCGGCAGCUAAGACUUCAUUGCAUAGCAGCAAUGACAGUGGCUUUGCCAAUGAGCCGCCACCACAACCUGAAGUCGACUACUCGGAUGAAGAGCAGACGAGUCGUGUGCCAAUACGCCGUCGUGCCGAUACCAAUUCUCAUGUAUCACGAGAUGUUGCUUCAUGGACGUUGAAUCGUAAUUUCCGUAACAGUGUCGACAGCCAAAUUGAUGAUAAAAGCUUGCACGGACUGAGCCGACGCAAUACGAAGAUGCGUUACGAUCUGAUUGCCAGUGAUGAUGAAAUAUUGCAGGCCUCAAGUAGUGGCAUAAAACGCACGAAAUCGUUUUGGAAAUUCGGUGGACGCAAUGAAGAUAUAUUGGCUGGCAUGUCGCUCUGGCAGCAUCGCGAUCUGGUGGCGGCACCAAACCUAGAGGAACUACGCACAGAUAGUCCACAGAGUAAAGAGAAUGGACAUGUGGAACACGAAGGUGAUGUUGAGGGCGAACGUGAGCGAGAGCAAGAGCAUGGACGUGAGAACGCACGCAACGUAAACGAUAAGAACGGCACACUAACGAAGUCACAUUCGAACAACUCAACAUCGUCGACGGAGAAGUACCGCAACGAUAGUGUGACCAGCAUGGAAGCAUACGAGGACGAUGAGAAUAUCUAUGGCAUGAGUCCGGUGGUGAAACGUGAGAAUAUCAUUGUACAGAAUCGCAAUUCGAUGCAAUCGAAUGCGACUACAAUGCGCGCUGAGUACACACCGAAAUCGCGCAUGAAAAUUAUGAAGACAAUCGAAAUCGACAUAGAGAAUCCAACAGAGAGCGAACGCCUGAGCACCAUCAAACGCGGACAGAAGGAAUAUCAGAAAGAAUAUCGCGAGAGUGCGGGCAUGAUGCCACAGGUGAAUAUGAAUACGAUGCGCGCCAAUACGCAUGCGCGUAAUGAACAUGAGGGUAAAAGCAAGGCUGGCAUGGGUAGCAGCAUGCAAUCGUCGCGCAAUACGUUGAGCAACAGUCAUAAGAAGCAUCAGACGAACAAUGUAGAAACCAGCGCUGGCAAGCAUCCAAAUCUACAACAGAUGAAAUCGAAUGGCAGCGGCAGUCAAACGCAAUCGCGUGCCAAACAACAAGAAUUUCCAAACUCCACAGAGGAUGAGGAGGGCGACAGCGAUGACAAUGGCACGCUCAAGAUGAGUGACGUCAACAACUUCUUCGACGAUAUCUCGCAUGAGAAUACCACAGGUGGCAUGAUUAUGAAAACAGUUAAACGCAAGGAUAUACUGAAGCAAUACUACACCAGCGAGGAUGAGUCCGACGAUGUUGAGAUCAAAUCAACGAGCUCCGAUCCUUACGACUGCAUAGUGAUCAAUGAUCAUUUGGUGCGUAAGGAUGAGAAACAUCGUCGCCAGAUGCACAAUUCCUAUCAGGAGCACCAAAUGGAAUUUCAAACAUUUCGCGCAACAACAACAGCAGCCAUGCCACAAGGUAAUAAGAAGAAUAAAUUGAAUGGUGGUGAGCAACGGAAUGGCAAUGGCGUACAAUCAAGCGCUGGUAAGUCAAAGAAACACCAGGAGUUGCAGGACAACGAGCGAGAACGAGAGCGGGAGCGUGAACGUUACAGCAUGAACAACAGCUCAACACUGACAAGAAACUCCAAUGCAAACGCCAAUUCAGCUAUGAACACACCGACAGCAACGAUACUGCCACGCACGCGCCUCAUGAAAUCCAGCAAUAUGACAAGUAUGACUUUGGAGCGUGCGUCCAAGAAUAAAACGCGCGAAAAUGGCCAUAUGAAUGGUGGUGGUGGCGGUGGGGGUGUUAGUGAUAAGGAGAAAAAUCAUUAUGGUAAAACAUAUGGACCGUGGUACGACUUUUGGGAUCAACAAGAUCAACAUACGCUUGUGAGCCAAAAGUCAAUGCAUAAUGGAAAGAUGUGAAAUGAUAUUUUAAUGGGUUGAAACAUUUUUUUCUUCUUAGCAAUACGCACAAGUGUUGGUAUUGGUUUCAUAUGUGUAUAUGUACAAUACAUAUGUAGUUGAAAAAUUAGAUUAUUAGCGCCUACAUAUUAAUUAUAAAUUCAGCGAUAGAACCGCGUAAAAUUAAUAUUUGAACUUCUAUCAAAGGUUAAGACUAAUUUAAAGGUGUUAGCAACAAUGUUGCGCAAAAUGUUGCUAAGGGUUUUUGGAUAUUUCAUUUUGUUGUACGGCAAAUACUUAGACAAUUUAUUCUAAUAUUUAAAAUGUUGCAAAAAAAAAUUUCAUAAUUUAAAAAAAAAAAAAAUCGCAAAAUUCCAAGCAACAUUUUUAGCCGCAUGUUGCUGGAAAUAUUUUUUUUAUACUCGAUAGUAGCAGUUUAAAAAGUGAUGCUAAAUUUCUAAAUAUCGAUUAUGAUUAAUUUUAUAUAAGGCGAUUUCAUUAUUUUAGAAAAUUUUGGGGAAUUCGGGAAAAUGGAAACAUUUCAGUGACACAUGUUGCCAGCAACAUUUCAUGAUAGUCUACGCGAAAAUGUUGCAAACAUGACUUUAGAGAGCCUAAAAUUAUUUGGGAAAUUUAAAAAGAAAAAAAAAAAUUGUGCAACAUGUUGCUAGCAACAUUUCAUGAUAUUUUCUGCGAAAAUGUUGCAAACAUGACUUUAGAGUCUAAAAUAAUUUGGGAUAUUUAAAAAGGAAAAAAAAAAAUUGUGCAACAUGUUGCUAGCAACAUUUCAAGAUAUUAAAUGCGAAAAUGUUGCGAACAUGGCUUAGCGCCUAAAAUUACUUGUGAAAUUUGUAAAAAUAGAAAAAAAUACUGUGACACAUGUUGCCAGCAACAUUUCCUGAUAUUCUACGCGAAAAUGUUUCGAACAUGGCUUAGCGCCUAAAAUUAUGCCACAUACCAUAAAUAUAUAAAAAUUAUAAAUUAUAUUAUAUCGCUCAAAUAUGUUUUCUACUCUACAACAACAAUUACAACAAAAAUUAUAAAAAUCUUUAUUGAAAGUGUACAGGUAUACACCGAUUUACUGUUCUAUCUAAUUACCCAUACAUAUUUGGUUCAUUCUAAACUAAGAAAACGCAAACUCAGUGUACAUUGAACCCAUUAUUAAUUGUUUUUCGCAAUUCAUAGCCAACAUUAAUAAUUUUUGUAUGUGAAAUAUAUGUCGAAUAACUUCACUUUAUUUUUAUUUAUAUAACAAAACAAAAUAUUAAAUUCCAUUUAACUCAACUUUCAUUUUAAUUUUCAUAAUGUUCCAUUAUUUUUUUGCACCGCUGCAUCAGUACUUGCCAUCGCUCGAAUAUGCCUAAAAAUUCGCUCAUUAAUUGUGCUCCCCUCUCAUUAAUUAAUAAUUCGCUAUGCAUUUUAGCUGAAAUAUAAACUAAACCCUUAUUCUUUAUAUUUCCUUUUUCUAUGUGUAUUUCUAGAAAGGGUGGUGCCUACCGAAACAUUUACAUAGACUUCUAAAACAAGAAUUACAAAUACUGUUAACACACACAUAAAAAAAAUCACAAGAAACUCUUCACACAACACAUAAAGACAACAAGAAAGAACAAACAAUCUGGCAGCACUACAUUCAAAUGCCUAUAAAAUAUAAAAACAAAAUACACGUUUUUUAUACAAAAUGAAAAAUCCAACAACAACAACACCAUGAAAAACUGUUUGUAACCUUGUAACCCGAUGUAUGUAUGUAUGUAUGCAUUCUAAGUAUAUAUAAUAUUAAAAUAGUUUGUAAAUGUGUAUAGAACAUUGUCGUCUAUCAAUGCUAUUUUGUAAAACUGUUUUCGCUAAUUAGAAAACGGCGCUAAAAUUAAUAUUUUAAUAUUUCAUAAUGCUGGAUAUUUAUGUAUAUAAAAACGAAAAAUCUGUUGAUUUUCUUAACACAGAUAGUAAUUCUUAAAUGAAAUUUGCCUUUAUCA